UUGCCAGUUGCAACAGCCGACACAGGCACAUAGAGGAGGUCCGUGUUGUGCUGCAAGGAUGGCGUCUGGGGGACGGGUGCUGAGCAUUCAGAGCCAUGUUGUUCGAGGGUAUGUCGGCAACAAGUGCUCGGUCUUCCCGCUUCAGCUGCUAGGCUUCGACGUCGACCCUGUCAACUCCGUGCAGUUUUCCAACCACACAGGCUACGCAGGGUUUGAAGGGACAGUGCUCCAGGGGGAAGAGCUGUCGAGACUGCUGCAGGGGUUGGAGUCCAACAACCUCCUCAGAGGCUAUACGCAUGUGCUCACGGGCUACGUCGGAUCCCCGUCUUUCUUGCAUGCCGUCCUCGACGUCCACCGAAGACUGAAAGAAGCGAAUCCAGCGUUGCUCUUCAUCUGCGACCCCGUACUCGGGGACGACGGUAGGCUGUACGUGCCGGCAGAGAACGUGGACAUCUACCGGGAAGAGGUGCUCCCCCUCGCCACCAUGAUCACGCCGAACCAGUUCGAGGCCGAGCUGCUGUCGGGGGUGACGAUCUUGACGGAGGAGGACGCGGUCCGAGCUUGCGCGGCUCUUCAUGCCAGGGGGCCCGACACAGUGGUGAUCACCAGCAGCCGACUGGCAGGCUCCUCGUCGAGCGGAGGAGGAGACCCCGCCGUUGGUGGCGGGGGUGGGGGAGGAGGAGGAGGAGGAGGAGGAGGAGGAGGCGGGGACGAUAUCGUUCUCGUGGCCAGCACCCGACGUCGGCCCCGCCGCUCGCGAGCAGAAACGCCGUCGUUACCGUCGUCUUCGUCGAGCUCCUCGGCAAUACCCGCGCCGCUGCCGCCGCCACCGCCGCCGCCACCAUCAGCGGAAAUAACGGGGCACGAUGAGGUCGACGGCGGCGGCGGCGGCGGCGGGCAAGGCCCAGCAGCAUCCGGGGGCGACAGCGGCGGGGGCGGUGGAGCGCCGCGAAAUCGCCGUGGACAAGCUGUAGCGGUCGCUGGCAACAACGGCGGAGACGCCGGCGGCGGUGGUGGCGGCGGUGGCGGUGGUCGAGGGGGUGAUGGUGGCGGCGGGGCGGAGGCGGCGGGCGGGGGUGUUGGUAGCAGAGCGACGAGGAGCGCGGGUGGGGGGGACGGAGCGGGUGGGGGGGGUGGGGGGGACGGCGGUGCUGGUGGAGGGGGGCACGUGGAUGGGGCAGAAGCUGGGGCGGGAGCGGGGGAGGCGGGGGCAGGGAUGGGAGAAACGGGUGGCGAUGGCGGUGGCGGGUUCGACGUGUACCGGAUGACUUUUCCGCGCCUUCCGCAGGAGUUCACGGGAACGGGAGACCUCGCCGCGGCGCUCCUAUUGGCGUGGACUCAUAGGCUGCCGGGGGAUCUGGCGGGAGCGCUCGAGCGAGUGGCGGGCACGAUGAGGGCCGUCUUGAGGAGAACUCACACCCAAGGGUCUGGGGAGCUCCUUCUGGUGCAAAGCAAGGAGGACAUUGAGCGGCCACCUUUGGAGCUGAGAGCCACCGUGAUUGCGCAUGCCACGGGGCAGUGAGAGCCGGCCGAAUUCGGAGAGCUACAAUUGCGGCCACAAGCGCUUGCUUUUGGUGUCGUCAUGGAUACAAUGCACACCUAGGGAGAUACGUUUAGAAUUCGUUUCCGAUUUACUUGUUGCGCAGCCUUGUUUCAAGUUUUUGCCAGACAGGUGCCGUUGACGACGUCAUUUGUCCUGCAGCUUGCUCGAGGGUUGUGGUGAUAUGGCGACACCACUCGUAGAGCAGAAUGAUGAAGCCAGUCGAAGAGGUCGCUGCCCUUGUUGUGGUGGUUCUAGUCGCUCGUCGCGGCGGAACAAGGCCGCCGCAUUUUUCUCGUCGAAAGCAAUGAUUGUGAAUAGGACUCGAUGUGCCCCCCCCACGUCGGGGUUUCUUUUUUAGAUACAUAUUGUAGCGCGUGUGACGUUCUACGUAGAUGGCGGGUCUCGCGUUCUGUACCCGACACGUCCCCAUCCGGGGCCGUGAAGCAUGUUCCCCCCCUCCCCGUGUGCAUGCCUUCAGGUUUACCCACGUUUUUUUUGUGUGUUUUUUUUUACCCGUCCUCGCUCUCGUCAACGAUUAAUACUAUUUAAUUGGUCUUGGGAGUUUUGUGUACACUCGUGAACGAGCGAAUUUCGAGACACAGUCGUCGCUUUUGCAUUUUUGAACACAAUAUCUAGAUGGAGUAUCUUAAGGUUUCCA